CCCCCACCUUCCCCCCGUGAUGGCGGAGGACAGCGAGUCCGCCGCCAGCCAGCAGAGCCUCGAGCUGGACGACCAGGACACCUGCGGCAUCGACGGCGACAAUGAAGAGGAGACGGAGCACUCCAAAGGGUAGGGGCGCCACCCUCCUCCGCCCAGCCCGGCGCAGCGGCGCUCGCCUCGCCUGCAGCCCGGCGCCGGAGCCCGGGUGGGCCCGGCCGGGCGGGCGGGUGGGCGGCCAGCUCCGCCGACGGCUCCCUGCGGCAUUGGCGGCGCGCGGCGUGGCCCGGGAAGGCGGCGGCGGCGGCGGCGGCCCAGGUGGGAGGGAGCGCGCAGGCCACGCGGGUGCAAGCGGCCGCCUCGGGCUCGGCCGCCGCUUUUGUGUGAGGUGGGAAGGCAGAGCGAGCCGCUCCCCUGCGCGCCUUGGGCGGGCGGAGGGGCGCGGGGCCCGGCGGCGGCGGCGGCUGCUGCUCUUGCUGCAGCUGCCGGGUGGCCGCGGAGGAGGCAGUGUGCAAGCCGGGGUCCUUCCACGCGGAGCCGACGCCUCCCUCGCCCGGCCCUCGGCCUGGCAUUUGCUGCAGCUGGCGAGCAAGGGAGUCUGCUUGGGAAGGUGGCCUGGCCGCCCUCUGCACUCGCCGCCGCCGCAGCCGCCCCCCUUCCGCGGUUGCCUCUUUCUCUUCCCCCUUCCCGCGUGCUUCCUUUGUGGACAGUCUCUCGUGUUUUGCAGCCGUUUGUCUGCCGUUCAGAAGGGCGCCGUCAACGUCCCUCAGUGCAGAUCGAGUUGGCCCUGAAGGCCUUUUAUAACACACACAUACAUACACACAGAGCUAAAUCCGGCUGCAAGGAUAUGGCCCCUCGCUUGCGCCCCCCACCCCGGGAGAGGGAAGGGCUGUUUGCACCGCUAAAGUGUCUGGGAGUGGUACCAGUCUCUGAUGGAUUGAUGCAGAACCCAGGGAUGUGGUCCACCCCAUCACCCCCAUGGAAAUUAGCUUGCAGUGGGUUAUCUAUAGCCCUGCUGACAGCCCCCAUCCCUCAAAGUCUUUCUUGCUGGUAAAGCAAAGGGUGUGUGACUUCUCUAGCCAGAAAAAAAAUGUAAUCUAUACUAAAUAGGGUUUGGAGGAGAAAACUUGUAUGAAAGAGUUAUAUGCGGUGUGUGGUUGGUUCUGAAAGCCACAGCUCAGCUCUGAUGCAGGUAGAGGUAAAAGCCGGUAAAUGCAUUGAACAUGCACAGAGUGCUUUUUAAUAUUAUGGUUGAUUCACCAAUCAAGCCCUCAUUUAAGUUGAAAGGGCUCAGAGGGCCGAACUUGCAGUCAGGUGUAAGGCAUCCAGGGAGAUUUCUGCUUCAGUGAUAUUUUCUUUUUGCAAAUGUACCUUCUAUGCAUACAUGUACAUUCUGCAAGCGGAGCGUCUGGUUCCAACUGGAAAAAUCAAUGAGGGAAAAGUAGUUGUUUUCCCAGGUUGGUAACUACCUAUCAUAGGAAAUGUGUUGGGUGCUAACUGACCGAUUGGCUUGUGUUGCUGUGCAGACUCUCCUGAAUCUGAUAGACAGACUUAGGAUGCGAUCCUUCCUUCCAGGUAUGCAGUUUGGGAGAGGUUAGGAUGUGCAAUAUAAUCUUGUCCCAUCUCCUCCUACCACUGGCUGAACUUAACCUGGCAUAAAUAACUUUUCCUGAUGUUUCUGGCUGAGGGACUGCUCAUGGAAGUUAAGCCAGUGGAAGCUGCACAGGUCCAGGACCAAAAAGGGGUAUGGAAGGGGCAUGUUGGAGAUACGUAGAAGGAUAAACAAAGUUACGCUGCCUUCUAAUUUCCUCUGUUCCCUGGUCUCGCUCACAGAGCAUAGCAUAACUUUCACCACCAAAAAUGCAGGUUUCACUAAAUUCAGCACCUAGGAGGUCUUUGAAAGGGCAGAAAACACAGUUAGGAUGCAGCUUAUCUUCUAUAAAGAGGAUGUACCACCAUAUCUGCCUGUUUAGGGUUGAUCUGUUAGAUGAAGAAGGACCUGUGUCUUUAGAUCAUGGGUGAGCCAGACCCUGACCUUCAUGAUCAAACCCUUUGAGCCUGGGCAAAGGAAAUUAGGCUAUGCUGGCAAAGUCACAGGGGUCUGCAGGCGCUACUGGUCAGCUCGUUGGCACUGCUUUCAAACUGUGUGCAAAGGUACAGGGGUUUGCAGGCACUGCCAGUGAGCUGUUUGGUGGCACCUGCAAACCCUGCCUUCAUACAUGAUGCUAGGCGUAGGGCAGAUAGGUAUGGCUGGUGCAUCUUCUUAUGUUCUGACACUGGUGCCACAAGAAGCAACAACUAAAGCGGAAGUGGGGGGAGCCUCUGGUCCACAUGCCAAAUUAGGAUUCUUUCUGUGUCUAAUUUGGCCUGCUGGAUCAGACCAGUGGUCCAGCUAGCCCAACAUCCUCUUUUCACAGUGGCUAGCCUGAUGGAUGCCUAUACGAAAUCUGCAAGCAGGACAAGACACUCUCCCCUCCUGUAGUUUCCAGCAUCUGGUAUUCAGAAGCAGACUACCUCUGGCCAUAGAGGGCAGACCAUGGCUAGUAGCCAUUGAUCCUCCAUAAAUUUGUCUGAACCAUCCAAUUGGGUGGCCAUCACUGCAUCUUGUGGUAUUGACAUUAGAACGUAGGAAGGUGCCUCGUACUGAGUCAGACCAUUGGUGCAUCUUAGCUUGGCAUUUCCAAAAGUAACAAACAGUGACUAUUUAGGGCACAUAUGAGGAACCUUGGGGACGCAGGUGGCGCUGUGGGUUAAACCACUGAGCCUAGGGCUUGCCGAUCAGAAGGUCGGCAGUUCGAAUCCCCACAACAGGGUGAGCUCCCAUUGCUCGGUCCUGCCAACCUAGCAGUUUGAAAGCACGUUAAAGUGCAAGUAGAUAAAUAGGUACCUCUCCAGCGGGAAGGUAAACGGCGUUUCUGUGCGCUGUUCUGGUUCGCCAGAAGCGGCUUAGUCAUGCUGGCCACAUGACCCGGAAGCUGUACGCCGGCUCCCUCAGCCAAUAAAGCGAGAUGAGUGCUGCAACCCCAGAGUUGGCCACGACUGGACCUAAUGGUCAGGGGUCCCUUUACCUUUAUGAGGAACCUCAGACCGGGGGCCAGAACUCUCUCUGUGGCCCUCAGGACUCUCCCCAGGCCACACAGCCUCUCUGGCCACACCCCUCACCAGUCCUUAUAUGUGCUGUCCUUGAUUGUGUCUUUUUUUUUUUUUUUUUUUUGCCUGGCUGAUAUGUUGUGUUCUUAUUUUGUAUUUUUCUGUUGUGAACCGCUCAGGAGGUGUCUUCAGAUGAAGGAUGGUAGAAUAAUAAUAAUAAUAAUAAUAAUAAUAAUAAUAAUAAUUGCUAAUGUCUUUGCUAAUGUUUCCUGCUGUCUGGAUAAAUAGAGAGAGCUGUGUGAAUGUGCAGAAACUUUCCUACUGCAAAAGAUCUCCCACCUCUGCUCUAAGGUUUUACACAGGAGUCUUUUUCAGCUGUGUUUGGAGAAGGUGGGGACUUAACUUGGCAGCAUGUGCCCAACCACUGGACCCAGGUUGUGUCCAGUGUAUAAUGGGAAACACCUCAUUUUGGUUUGACUUCAUCAGGGGAAAGCCCUACUGCAACCCAAAACUAUUUAACCCUGUAUCUCGCAAAUGGGAAGUAUGAUUCAUGGGCUUUAAGGAAAGUCACUUCUUACACUUUCCCUUUCGUUUUCUCAAAUAUGUUGGCUUCUUUUUAUUUAUUUAUUUAUUUAUUUAUUUAAAAGCUUCUAGUGUUUGAAAGAGAGGCAUUCAGAUUUUCCUAACUCAGAUAAAUUGUCUAAAAUUAAAGGCAAGUACACAAAUAAACCUGGAGGGCUGGAAAACAAGAUUGUCUUGUUGCUCAGCAGACGUAAAAUGUUUGCCAAGGGAAUAAAUGUGCUUUGCUGUUGAAAGAAGAAGUUAAGUUGUGGCAGAAGCAAAAGUAUUAGAUGAUGCUUAGAGGUGUAUCGAAUCAUCUUAGCAGGUGCCUUCUGAGUCCUUCUGGCCAAUGCAUAGAUUGUACAAGACAAACUUGGGGUUUGCCCACUGAGUAGACACUUGGUGACCUGCAGAUUUAGUACACCCCGAUUACAAGUAUGUUUGUCAUUCUCACAUUUAUUGCUAAAAUGUCCUGGGUGUAUUUUCCCACACAACUCUCUCCCCAUCCACUUUAAGAUCUGUCAGCAAAGUCCUGCUUCAGAUAAUACCAUCUUCUGUGGAUGUUAAUAUCAGCAUCUACUUGGAGCAGGGCCUUUUCAGUAUCUGCCCCCAAACUGUGGAAUGCUUUGCUUCAAGGAGGUGCAUUUGGCCCCAUAACAUCUGGCAAUGGAGGAAUAUUUUUGCUCCACAAGCACUUUGGUAGGAAGGCCUCUGUUAACUGGAAGUGAUGUCCUAGGACAAACCUCUGGCCUGGCUUGUGGGUCUCACUACGGCUUCCAGUCCUCCCCGUUUGGCAUAGCAGACCCAUUUUGGCCAAGCCACAGCCCCCUGCCAGUCACUGGACAUCAUGACAUUGGACGUUGCCAGGUCAAAAGAUAGCUGGACUUCAGAAGCAUGGCACACCUGGCUUCUGUGGAGAGGCAGAUUUGAGAAUUGAUGGAUUUUCUGGCUAUUUGGCUUCCUUUUUUUGAUCUUGCUUGUUUGGUUUUGGUUCUGUUUUAAGAUUGCCUCUUGGCAUCAGUAAUGCCUGUUUUGUUUUUAUUCUUUAAACAGCUUUGGGGAUUAGAUAGAACUGUUGUAAAUUUAGUUAAAUAAAUAAAACUGUAAUGGAUGAUGAUUCCCCUAGGCUCCUUAUUCAUUUUGCUUAAAGGAUUUCUGAAGCUCACUGGUGUCUUGAAAGCCUGGGACCUGCUUGGUAUCCACUGUCUUUGCAAACAUUUUACAAGUAUGCUGUGUGUAUCCUCUUUAAAGGGUAAUUUCAGCUCUCCAUAGACUCCAGCUGUAUCAUUCAAUUUGCACUAUGCUGCGGAGAUAACAAGAACUAAUUAGAGCAGAGGUAGGCAACCUAAGGCCCAUGGGCCAAACAUCUCUUCAAAGUUUUCCCCAGCUUUUCUGUUCAUGGAAUCUUCUCUGCUUUGCUUCGCAAUUUUCUUGAAAUGCAGUUGCUAAAACUGAAUGCCCCUACUUUGUGCUAAAUCAGCUGAAAUGCACAAGGCCCCUGGGUCAGCUGAAGUCCAUCCAAAUAAGGAGCUAGAUGGGCUUGGGAUCCUGAGGUUGCACCACAGUGCCUGACAUCUACAUGAAGCUGCCUUAUACAGAGUCAGGCCAUAAAUCCACUUAGCUGAAUAUUGACUGCUGCCACAGGGAACAGUACUUUUAAAUCAAGAUGUAGAGGACUGAAUCCAGUAACUUCUAGGUGUGAAACAUGUGCUCUAACACUGAGGUAUGGCACUCUAAAAAGGCCCCAUUCAAAGGCUUCUUCUUGUAAUCAAAGUAUUUGGCUUAAUAUUUCCCAUAAGGCUGUUCUCCCUGUGUGUAGAUGACAGCACAGCUUAUUGACCUAAGGUUUCUAUGGAUGUACCGUAUUUUUCGCUCUAUAGGACACACUUUUUCCCCUCCAAAAAUUAAGGGGAAAUGUGUGUGUGUCCUGUGGGCCGAAUGCAGGCUGCUUGGCUUCAGCGAUAGUAACGCAAAGCCUCUGAAGCGCAGAGGGAGCGCUCCUUCCGCGCUCCGGAGGCUUCGCGUUGCUUUCACUGAAGCCUGGAGAGCGCAGGAGGAUAGCCUCCUGAAGCCUUUGGAGCGCAGUGGGACCUCGCAAUGUGCUCCAAAGGCUUCGGGUUCCUUUUGCUGAAGCCGGGAGAGCAAGACUCUCCUGGCUUCACAGAGAGGGAGAGCUGCGCAGCGCCCCUUCAGCGAAGCAGGAAGAGAAAUGGAAGGGGCUCCGUUUCUCCUGCCGCUUUGCUGAAGGGGCGCUGAGCAGAGAGGGGGAGAAUUUUUUUCCCCUGUUCUCCCCCUCCUAUGGUCCAGUGCGUCCUAUAGAGCCAAAAAUAUGGUAAUUCAGAUGAAGUAGCCCAAUGUCAGUAGUAAGAGAGGCCAGGCAGUCUAGACCUGAGGAGGCUUGUAAAUAGCCACUAGCCUGGUUGUUGUUGGUAAGGAAAAAUUACUUCCAGGUAAUCAGUCAACAACCCAUGGAAGCAUACGGACAUUUGAACUAUGCUUCUUUUGGACCAUAGGUGUGCUCCAAAUAACUAAUGAUAGUAUUCCAAAAGCCAUAUUAGGACAAUGUCUUCAUUAGGUCGACCGAAACAUUACAAAAUGGUGUGCGAGCUUUCAUGUUCACCAGGCGAGAUGGUAUACGAUUGUGGGGGGAGUUGGCUGAUGCAGGAGCUGUGGGUAGAAUCUGCAUUUAGUCACAGUCUUAAGAUGGAAUGUGGGAGGAGGUAGCAGACAUUCAGAAGAGGCUCUUGUUUGGUGCGUUACAGGUUUCAAGUUGUAUUGGGAAGAAACAUACAAUAGUUAAUGUCCCAGUUCUGAAAAUACAAAAUCCAGCUGUUACCUAGAUUUGUCUCCAUCCUUAGGCAAUACACAUAGGCCCUUGACAGAUGGAAGACAGCAAAAAUAGGCAAUUUUCACAUCAACAAAACUGCAGAUCAGUUUCGCUAGGUGAAAAAUAAUUUAUAGAAGCCGAGUUAGGUUGCUUUACCUAAUAAUUGGAGGGAACAUUCCCUCAGAGAAUAAAGUCCCAUCUUCCUUUUAAAAAAAAUGUAUGUAUGUAAGGGCUUGUAAAAAUUCUUGCUUUUUAAUUUAUUUAUAAAGCUCAUCUAGGAAAGCUGACUCUACCGUAACUAUUGGAGUUGCCUCUGGCUAUGUCCCUACCUCUCUAUGGGUCUGCUUUUUUAAAAAAUCAGCAUUAGUUUGGAAUUAAAUUGCUGCCGGCAGUUUCUCCCCUGGGGUGUUUGAAAUAAUCGGUGUGCAAAGUUCUGAGGGCCAGACUCAUGUCUGUACACCUGAUCAGAAUUAGGUUGGGUUAAAAUACGCCCCCCUCUCUUUUCAUUCUUAUUUAAAAUAAUAAUAAAAAAAAUCCUUCCAGUAGCACCUUAGAGACCAACUAAGUUUGUUACUGGUUUGAGCUUUCGUGUGCAUGCACACUUCUUCAGAUGCAUUUUUUUACGGCAGCCUUGUUCACGCAUCCUAAUUUAACGCAAGGGACUGUGGCAUAGCUGCUGCUUUCUUUUUGUCAUGAAGACAAAUCAGGUUUUCAACCCCUAUUUUCCUCUCUGCAACCAGAAGUGCAAAAUGUAUUGGUUGGAGUGAAAAGUUCACUGCUGAAAUGAAUGUGCAAGUAGGCUGCAAGCAGAAGUACCGUAUUUUUCGCUCUAUAGGAUGCACUUUUUCCCCUCCAAAAAUUAAGGGGAAAUGUGUGUGCAUCCUGUGGAGCGAAUGCAGGCUCCUUGGCUUCAGCGAAAGCAACGUGAAGCCUCCAAAGCGCAGAGGGAGCACUCCCUCCAUGCUCCGGAGGCUUCGUGUUACUUUCGCUGAAGCCAAGAAGCGCAGCGCGAGCUCCCGCUGCGCUCCGGAAGCUUCGGGUUCCUUUCGCUGAAGGGUAGGUGCCCCUUCAGCUAAGGCGCAUCGCCCCUUCAGUUAAGCGGGAGGAGAAAUGGAAGGGGCUCCGUUUCUCCUGCAGCUUCACUGAAGGGGCGCUGAGCAGAGAGGGGAAGAUUUUUUUUUCUUGUGCUCCCCCUCUAAAACAAGGUGCUUCCUAUGGUCUGGUGCGUCCUAUAGAGCGAAAAAUACGGUAGCUAUGAACACUUUGUCUGCCUUGUAAAGAAGUUGUUAAAAGCUACUAACCUCCUCACCCCACCCCCCAAAAAGCCCAGUUCACUUUGUUUUUGUGCUGGACACAGCAUACCAUCUUUCCUCUACCAGCCUCCUUACGACUUCGUAUGCAAUUCCUUGUCACUUAUGGCGACUGCACAAAUAUUUUAAAACAAAUCUGAUUCAGUUGGUUUUUUUAAAAAUUGCAUUUAUAUGCUCAGGGUGGGUUACAUGGGGUUUAGGGCUGUCUCCAACCCAGACCUGAUUAAAGUGCCACACAAUUGCAUGCUGUUAGGUCAGCCAUUGCCAGCCUGAUGCUGUCCAGAUGUUUUGUACUGCAACUCAUCUGCUGCGGCACCAGGUUGGCAAAAGUUAUGCUAUGCUACUCUCUAGGUCCAGCUCAUAUACACACCUGUGCCCAAGGUUGAGAAUUAGGCAGGUUCGUAAUCACUGGACUUAAUAACAACUUGCCACAAUAGGAGUCCAGAGCCACUAUAUGGGCACAUGGAAUUGAUGUUGUAGCUCCUUUGGAUCCUGGCUGUCGAUUCUGUCACUUCUACAGUAUGCAUAUAGCAAGGUGCCAUGUUCCAUCAAUUGCCUAGUGUUAUGGGGCAGUGAAUCAUACCAUUCACUUGUUGAAAUUUGUUGAGCAUAGCGAUGCAUCCUCAGAAAAUAAGCAAAUGACAGGAAUACAUCAGCAAUUACUAAUGAGGGAUGGGAUACAGUAAAUAAAAGCACAGUGGAAUUGAUUGCCUCUCGUUCCUCAAAAUGCAGAAAAAUGUAUACCUUGUAUGUCAUGAAAAGGAACAAAUUAUUGGGCUGGUUCAUAUUUAAUGCUAACCAUGAUCUAGUGCUGAGUGAACAAGCAGGCAAAGCAGAAGGGACCAUGAGGUGUGCUUAUGCAUAUAGCAUUAAACCAUGUUUAGCAAUAUGCAGUCUUCAAAAUUAGCCAGGCAUAUUUUGCACCUGAGAAGGUGCCUGGGUGCCAGGAUGGCGCCUGACAUCUCCACCAUCUGGAGGUAGACGCCAGGGGAUCAUUGGAUCUGGAUUGCUCUCACACACAAAUACCACAUCCUGUAGGAAUAGGCCAAUAUACAUGUGGACUAUCCCUGGAUAAAGUGCCUUUUCUGCUUUAAGUUCUCAAAGUUCUUAACCUAGCUCAAGGUUGUCAUCUGAUCUAGCCAGAUAUUUAACUGAGAAUCAAUCACAGCCAGUCCAUCAUUUGGAAAAUAAGACUUUAGAACCGCCUGGCCCCAAAAUGGCAACUAGACAUUCCGUUUUGGUGACUGCAACUUUGGUUUAAGGAGCCAUUUGGCGCCUAGCUUAUAUAUCUGAGUUUCUAACACUGGAUGCAAGAACUAGCUCAUUGUAUGAAUAUUUUGAGUUGCUGCUGAGGGUUUUUGACAUAUUAAGUACGGGUAGAUUUGGUGCCCUCCAGAUACCGUAGAAAUGCAAGUCCCAUCAGCGCCAGUCAGCACAGCAGUGCUCUAGGAUGGUGGGAGCUUGAGCUCAACAACAUCACAGGCUCUCCAUCCUGGUUUUAAGGGGAGGACCAUAAAAUCAGAAUGGGAACCUGUGGCCUCCAGAUGUCGUUGGACUCCAAACUCCCUCCAUCUCUGACCACCAGCAUCUCAAGGGCACCACCCUGGCUAUAUGAAGAGUCAAUAUGUUUAAAAGGAAACUAAUUCACAGCAGAGGAUGUUACAGAGAAGACAUGACUCAGAGAUGGUGGUAGUUAUAGUCUGACAACAUUUGGAAGGCAACACUGUGAUAGAGGAUUGCGGGGCAGGGUUAGGUUCCUAGGCUCCAUCAUAAAUUCUUCAAGGAACCAGAUAGUAGGCCUACCUAGCUAAUGGAAAUUUCAGAUAAAAUGGGCUUACUUUCAAAAUGAAAUAGGAGGCCUCUAUUUCUGCAGGAACCCUAACUGUAGUUCUGUGUUUAGGGUUAGGGAGCACCAGUGGAAAUUUUCAUCACCACACACUGCACAAAACAAAACAAAGAAACCUACCCUCCACUUCCCAGAAUUUGUUGUGGGGGUGAAGCCAUAGCAGUUAAACUGGUAGAAAACCAAAAUAGAUUUGCUAAUAGUGUGUGAGUAAUUGGGAAGCAUAACAGUAACAGGUAUCUUCCAGAAAUGUAGAACACAGAAAGCCUUUUGCUGUUAACUACCAGGAAAUUUCCUUUUUCAGUUUCCGGUGCCAUUUUUUGCAUGCACCGAUGUGCAGAGAAAGGUUUCCAAGCGAAUAAUGCUGCUUAAAAGAUGUGAUCAUGUCAAAUUCCUUGCUGUAUUUAGAAUCACCUGCUUUUGUGGUACUGAGCACACAAUCCCUUUUGAUCUCAAGCUUCAAGGGAGGGGACGACUGCAAUAUCUCUUUCAUUCCACGGUGUGACGCGAACAUUUAAAUGAAGACAUUUCCCCCUAGGUUGACAUUUUUAAAUUAGGUUAUAAGCUGAUGACCACAAAACAGUUUCGUGAUUCUGUGGAGGUGUGGUAAAAAUAGUCCUGUGCGGAGCAGACGAGGCUACAUAAACUUGAUACAGAAAAUAAUGAUAUCAUAGAUGGCUGUGAUGGAUGCAGGUAUCAGCAUUUUUCAAAUAUGGUCUUUUCUGCUGGAUGCUGGGAAUGUAUGCAGUGCGAUUCAGAUAGCCGAGUCUUACAUUUUUUUCUUCCCAAAGAACCUCAUUCUAUUAUGUUUCACUACAAAGAAGGUCCAAGGGACGCGGGUGGCGCUGUGGGUAAAACCUCAGUGCCUAGGACUUGCCGAUCGUAUGGUCGGCGGUUCGAAUCCCCGCGGCGGGGUGAGCUCCCGUCGUUCGGUCCCAGCUCCUGCCCACCUAGCAGUUCGAAAGCACCCCUAAGUGCAAGUAGAUAAAUAGGUACCGCUUUAUAGCGGGAAGGUAACGGCGUUUCCGUGCGCUGCGCUGGUGCUGGCUCGCCAGAGCAGCUUCGUCACGCUGGCCACGUGACCCAGAAGUGUCUUUGGACAGCGCUGGCUCCCGGCCUCUUAAGCGAGAUGAGCACGCAACCCCAGAGUCGGUCACGACUGGCCCGUACGGGCAGGGAUACCUUUACCUUUACAAAGAAGGUGCUUCCAUGUGGGGGUUGCAUUGGGGGGGUGGAAUUGUUUUGGGGAGGGAGAUGAUGUAAUUUAGCUCCACUUUUAAAUACAGAGAUUUCAUGAAUGCGCCUCUCUUCCAAGGUUUAAUUUAUUUUUUCCUUCUGUAGCAGAAUUGGGGAAUAUUUUUGAAUAUGACAAAAAGAACCACCCUGAGCUACUUUUGGCACAUUUUUGGAGGGGUGCGUGCGUUUUAAAAACAACACCAGGUCAUCUUUUUCCAACUCUCAAUUUCUUUACAGAAGUCCUGGAGGAGACUUGGGAGCAAAAAAGAAGAAAAAGAAACAGAAGCGAAAAAAGGAAAAGCCAAAUUCCGGAGGUACCAAAUCAGACUCUGCAUCUGACUCCCAGGAGAUUAAAAUUCAGCAACCUUCAAAAGUGAGAGCCUGGGCUUCAUUUUAACUUUGGUAGCAUAGUGUGAGAAUCGUAAUAGGCAGUGCUAGGUGAAGGGUGCGCUGAAUGGGCUGCUUGUCACAAUUGCAGGUAAACGCAACUGUCCGACAGAAAAAAAAGUCUAUAUUUUUCGAGGUCUAAAUGUCAGGUUCUACUAUCCUGUUAAUCCAAAAUUAGAACCUUUCCCUCUCUCUUUCUGGCUCCUAAAAUUCAUUACCCUUGUUACCAACCAUUUUGUAGGACUCCUACCCCGGAAAGGUUCUUAUGUGUCAAAUGUAAAAAAUCUUCAUUUAAAUUUGUUGUCUUAUUUUGAUGCACUGUAAUUACUAUUCUAUCUUCAAAAUGUAUUUUAAGUAGUUUUCCAAAUUUUGGGAAGUUAUUUGCUUGCUUUGCAUUUGAAUAACUGUUAAGGUAUCACAGCCAAAUUUUUGCACGAUGGGUCCAAGGUACAGUCUUUUGUCUUAUGUUUGGAUAUAAUUGGAUGCCAUUCAGAAUCACUGGUUUGAUUUUAAAGCAUCUAACAGUGCAAUCCUGCAUGCGUUUACUCAGAAGUAAGGCUCAAUGAGUUCAAAGCGCCUUACUCCUAGGAAAGUGGAUAUAAGAUUAUAACGUCCAUUAUAGUUGGAGGCCUUUGACACAAAUCUGCAUUUUAUUCAGUUGUCGUUUUGUGUAGUUACAGCACAAAUUACUUUGAAUUACCUGCUUUCUGGUUUUGCCUGGUAUUCGUUCUGCUGCUUCUCUGCAUGUAUCUCUCGCUGCGUAUUUUGGAAAGUUGUUUGCUUGCUUUGCAUUUGAAUAACUGUUAAGGUAUCACAGCCAAAUUUUUGCACGACGGGUCCAAGGUGCAGUCUUUUGUCUUCUGUUUGGAUGUAAUUGGAUGCCAUGCAGAAUCACCAAUGGUGGGCUGAACCUUUCAAAGCUAUCUUGGAUUUUGACCAGGGAUUACAAAAACACUGAUAUUUUGAUUUCCUAGAAUUCCUGGCAACACUGGGCAUGAGACGGUAGGUGCUUUAUAACACCACUUAGUCAUAGUGUUUUCUAGUGAAUACCACGGGACAGAGUGACAGAGAGUUCAAAUACGAGAACCUCUGUGAACCCAUUUCUUAGAACCUCUGUGAACCCAUUUCUUUGAGCAACUCUCUGUCUCGCUCAGCGCACCCCACCAGAUUGCCUUGAGCAUAACAACUGCUAGGUUGUUAAACCUCUUCCCGCAGUGCUGUAGAAAUAUAAUUGCAUACCUACCCACACAGAAAGGGCCUGUAGGUUUUUCUGCUAAAUCACAAAGACCAAGUACUACUUUGUAUGUCAGCAAAACUCAAGCCUGCCUGUGACCCAUUGUGUUCUCCGUAGCGUCGGGUUGAAGUUAUUUUUAUUCCAUUUACAAACGAUUGCAGCUUGUCGUAAGUUCUGAGGCUUCAGACUGAAACUGUUUACUGUUGCUGCCUUCUGUUGCCUCAGCUUUAUUCUGAGGGCAGCGAUUCUAAACCGAUUUCCUUGGAAGUAAGUUCCACCUGAAUCUCAAAAGCCUAUUCUCCAAGUAAAUGCUUUCCACUUGCCAGUACAUCGUUUCCGUGUGCAUUUCCUCUGUGGUUGGUUUUCCCCUCAGACAAGUGCCACCUCACGUUGGUAUCUCAGGCAAAUCUGACAGAACACAGGCCUCAUAAAAAUCCUCCUGUGGAUGCCAUGGCUGAUUGCGAAGAUUUGAUGUGCUAUGGCAGUGGUUUUCAACCAGUGUGCUGUGGCACCCUGGGGUGCCUUGAAUGAUGGUCAGGCGUGCUGCGGACAACACUGGCCUCUGUCCCUCUUUCUUUCCCUCCUUCCUCUGAUGCCCGCUCACAUCUCUGCCUCCCAAAGGCUUGCACAGCUGUUUGUUGCAGCAGCCCUGGCUAUCAGCUCUGCAGGCAAAUGGCACCUAUCUUUGGGACAGGUGGUGGGAAGCCCAGAGACCAGGAGUCGCAGCAGCGGCUGCCCAGAGGACUCCCAAGGAGAGGAGGCAAAGGGAACACUCCACAAGGUGUUUGAAAAAGGGUGAGAGACUGCCAGUUCUGCAGGCAAGGGGUGACAUAACUGGGCUCCUGAGCCCCACAGGGGUGCCACAGAAAGAAUGUACAGUGGUACCUCGGGUUACAUACACUUCAGGUUACAGACGCUUCAGGUUACAGACUCCACUAACCCAGAAAUAGUAUCUUGGGUUAAGAACUUUUGCUUCAGGAUGAGAACAGAAAUCGUGCUCCGACGGCGCGGCAGCAGCUGGAGGCCCCAUUAGCUAAAGAGGUGCUUCAGGUUAAGAACAGUUUCAGGUUAAGAACGGACCUCUGGAACGAAUUAAGUACUUAACCCGAGGUACCACUGUAUUGGUUAUGUGUUGUGGAUUGGUCAUGCAGUAUGGAUUUUAAAUUUGUGGCUUUCUGUCCCAUGUUUGACAGAUGUAGGUGGGGCAGAGCUGCUGGCAGGUGGCUUGCAUUUGCUUACAGGGAGCGGGAAAAGGCAGAGAGAUCAGCAUGUUGCAAACACACCAGCAGGGCCAAUAUGGUGCUCCUGCCAGUGCAUUUGCACUGCGCUGACCACACACCCCCAGCCCUGCUCCCUUGCACCUUCCCACCUCCCAGUAAGCAACUGCGACCCACCUGCCACACAGCUAGCAUAGUGACUCUGCCCUACUUCUGAUGCUUAGAUGCAUCUAGUCAAAAGAAACUUUUAGUGGGUAGUUGCUUAAGAUUUGGGUCAGGUUCUGCUGUUUAAAUACAACUUCCUUUCCGAAGAUUGCCGUCAUGCAGAUGAAGUGAUGUCUGAUCCAGCGUGUCCUCAGAUCACUUUCGGGUGGCGUUGAUUCCCAUGAGUGCUGCAGGAUAUUUUCCAGCUGCUGUGUGUAUAGAAACCAGUUGGCAAAAGAGGUGGCUGAAUAAAAUGAUGUGUCAGAUUCUUCUGAGAACUGGCCCUUGGUGUAGAAGGAUUUGUUGGUGGUUAUUCAAAUGUGGGUUUGAUCUCUUGUAUUUUUAAAACGAUAAGACAGCAUCUGAAACCUCUGCCUCACCUGGGGCAGUUCCCUUUCUCAGGCAGGUAAAGCAAAUGGGCCUGUGCUUACAUCCCUAUUUCUUUCCUAAAUUGUAUUUUAAGAUAGAUUAACAAAGUUUCAACCUAUUAUAUGAUAUUGGAAAACAGCAGAGAAAACAAACAAGGCUGGCAGAGAGGAUGUUUGAGUUAAUUUGUUACCCAUAAAGUGUAUUCACAAGUCAGUCGGGGCAAUAGUUUAAGAAACAAGUUCAUUUAAACCAGUGGUUCCCAGACUUAACGUUUCUGUGGUUAAAAUACAUAGAUGGGGAUGAUAGCCUGACUUCAGUUGCCUGUGCUGCAAUGCAUUGUCUGUGGGGCUGUCUUUGAAACAGCUAAGAAGCUGCAAGCUUCUACAGAAUGUGGUAGCACAAUUGUUAAGUGGGAAAUGGAGUAAUGGUAGACUUUUCCCAAUUCAUGGGGGUGGGGGAAUUAGGGGGGGUAGGAUUUAUUUUUUUAAAUUGUCUUGCAAUCUCUUACAUAAAAACCAUCCAUCUGACCAGGUUUCAGCUAAUUCCAUCUGUAGGAGUUGUUGUGCCAUCAUUGCCAACAGCCCAAUUUUUCUGUAAUCAGCUCUUCAAAGUAUUUAAUUCUAGUUCAUUCAGGCUAAACACCUGUAUUGAUGGCAAAGAUGACAGCCAACAUCUUGGAGCAGAAGUUUCCUGCUGAGAGCACCUCGAAGUCCAGGUGCUCUCUGAAUUGAAAAAGUGUGGGAAUCACUAUUUAAAGCGUUUUUAAAAAGAAAAGUGACUUAUCUUGUCUUUUCCCUUAUUAUUCCAGCAGUUGACAAAUAAAAGGCCAUCAUUAUUGGACUGUUUCACAUUACAAUUUUCAUCACAGAGGUUUCCUGAAACCUGGAAGUCUCUCUUUUCGUGGGCUUCGUUUUGAGGGCUUCUCAUAUGAUUGAAAUUUAACUUUUAACUAGCUCCGUAGUGUGGAUUGAAAUUUAACUUUUAACUAGCUCCGUAGUGUGGUAGGUAAUGUACAAGCAGACAAGUGCAACAGUUUAUGUUUCAUAUGGUUUCAGUCAGGCAUGGCCAAACUUGGCCCUCCAGAUGUUUUGGGACUACAAUGGUCAGGGAUGUUGGGAAUUGUAGUCCCAAAACAUCUGGAGGGCCGAGUUUGGCCAUGCCUGAUUUAAAGCCUGCAGAACGGAAUAAGUAUGCUAGUUUAGGGCUAUGGGGGGAAAUUCAGAUUUUUAGAGGCAGCACUACAUUUUGAGGCAUGUUAUAAGUGGGUGCCGAGUCCCAACUCACCUUCUUUGGGGCUUCACCUGAGAGGUAUGAGAUGGGAGACCAAGUGCUAGUGGACUAAGUUCAGUGAGCCAUCCUAGUUGGUGGCUCAUGAACUGGUGGUCCACUGUGAGUGCUUCAGCAUCAUUGUAUAAUUGAGUUGCAGCCAUAGCCCUUGAGUUGGCCAGUUGUGGCUCUGCAGUGUCCUCCUUGAAGUGAGGGAGGGGACUGUACACAGCAUUCCAGGUGUGGUCGUGCCAUAUAUUUCUAUAACAUUAUGCAGCAAAAGAUUACAUAUUCACAGUGAACCACAAUGAGCCCAGCAACCCUGGCUUAUAGUGACAUUUGAAUGUUGACAUUUAAAAAAAAACCUUGGGGAGCCAAAUUGGAUUUGUUGGGUUAUUCGUAUUUGCUUUUUAUACUACGUUUAGCUGCCGGUUUUAGAUUGCUGUCUUCAUUUGAUGCCUUUUGCAUAAUGGUGUUUGAUUUCAAAUGGCUCUUUUUAAAUAAUAUGGUAUUGAGAAAUAUGAUAUGGGCGGCAUAUUAUUAUUAUUGGGGCACAGGUAAUGCUGUGGUCUAAACCACUGAACCUCUUAGGCUUGCCGAUUGGAAGGUCAGCGGUUCAAAUCCCCACAACGGGGUGAGCUCCUGUUGUCCUGUCCCAGCUCCUGCCAACCUAGCAGUUCGAAAGCACACCAGUGCAAGUAGAUAAAGAGGUACUGCUGUGGCGGGAAGGUAAACGCCAUUUCCGUGCGCUUUGAUUUCCGUCACGGUGUUCCGUUUCGCCAGAAGCAGUUUAGUCCUGCUAGCCACAUGACCAAGAAAGCUGUCUGUGGACAAACACCAGCUCCCUCAGCCUGAAAACAAGAUGAGUGCCACAACCCCAUAGUCGCCUUUGACUGGACUUAAUCAUCCAGGGAUCCUUUACCUUUAUAUUUACCCUUUACCUGUCACAGCAGCCAACCAAACAUCCCCAAGCCCACCUCGCCUGGUGCUCCAGGGCAUUAUCUGACCCUCCAGAACAGCUUUCCAUGAGGCUUCUGGGGGAAGAAUACAUUGGUCAAAACCACUCCCUCCCCCCCCUCUUUCUGUGAUACUAGCAGAAGUCUUAUCAUAAAUCUGGAUCCAACCCAAUGCAUCUCUAGAACAGGGGUGGCCAGUGGAGUACCCCCCCACACCCGAUUUUGCUGGACCACAGCUUCCAUCUCUGACCAUUGGCCAUGACUGUGGAGCUGAUAGGAGCUGAGGUCUGACCGCAUCUAGAGGACACCCCACUGGCCAUCUCUGCUCCAGAGUGUUCCAGACAUUAAUGAAAAAGGAGAAUAACUUCAAGACAGGCCAGCCAUUUCUGGAUGGGGAACCUGCAGGCAGUGUUAGAAAUAGAAUCUAGACGAGAGCAAAUGCAAUAUAUGGCAUUAAUUCAUUCAUAUAUAAUAAAAGUUACCAUGUGAUAAAGUAAAACUGUUAAUUCCUGCAAUAUAUUUGAGCUUUCACACAAUCUUAAAAGCUAUUUCCGGAAAACUAAGGCAACAUAGCAUGAGUUUACUACUCGUUUCCUGUUGUUUGAAUCCAAGGGGUGGAGUGGGAGAUCCAUUUGCAGCCCCCUUGAACCUGGAAAAUCACAGGAGUGAAGUGAUGAAAUUUGGGGCUCUAUCCCGGCAUAUAUUGUUGUUCCCUGUUGUUAUCACGGGCAAAGAGAAACACACACAUGUGCGCAAAGGGUGGAGGGGUAGUGACAUUGCCCAAUGGCAGUAGUUGUUGUUGUGUCACACCACACCUACUGGUGCGAGUAAAAUUUAACACGAUAUAUUGGGCAGGAAGCCAUAGUUCCAUAGCACAACAGGUAGUGCAGUGAGAUCGGGACCUUAGAACACAGGACAGAAGUCCUAGCAUUUUAAUCAGGAAAACUAAUGCAAUAUUCCCAUCUGGAUGCACCCUAAUUGACUCUGCAUAUCUUUCUCUCUCUCUCUCUCUCCCCUGCAGAAUCCAGCCAUUCCAAUGCAGAAACUGCAAGAUAUUCAGAGAGCCAUGGAGCUCCUGUCAGCAUGUCAGGGCCCAGCAAAGAACAUUGACGAGGCGAGCAAACGUAAAUACCAGUUUUGGGAUACACAGCCUGUACCCAAGCUUAGUAAGUCUGUAGCCGGGACCGGGAUAAUGAAAGUAUUCUGACUGACUGAUUGAAUAUAUCGAUUUGCAGCCUGCCUUGUAAAGCAACCGUGUGAAAUCCUAGUGCAACAGCAACCAGAACAAAAGAAGCAGGUGUAACGGCAGCGUUAAAAAGCAGUCUCAUCGGAGGUUGAAACUUCUGGGGAAGGAUGCCAAAAAGGCACCCGAUGAACCAGCAGAGAAAGAGGAGGGCAGCCAUGUUUGCAUUGCCGCUUCCGCCCCGCUUUGGGGAAUGCUGGUCAGAAAGUGGGAUGCGUACCUACGAUUCAUUAGCAGUUCUACGACCCCUAUCAUCCUUCGCUGUAUAUGGGACUUAAUAGAGCAAUCUAAGCAAAGGUGGCAGAGGAAAGGAGAGAGCUCAGACUGGUUUCUGCGAGCUUGUAGUGGAUCCUGGGGGAGUUGACAAAGGAGAGACAGAAGGGAAAAGAGAAAGCUUAACAGCAGGUGGAUUUUAACAUCAGGUGCUGCUCCUUAGAUAUAGUCACGGCUUUAAAAAACACACACUUAGAUCUGCCUACUUAGGGCCCUUUGACACAGGCCUCAUCUGCACUAAACGUUUAAAGCAGUAUCAUUCCACUUUGAACAGUCAUGGCUUCCCCCAAAGAAUCCUGGGAGUUCGUUAAGGGUACUGAGAGCCGUUGGGAGGCCUCUAUUUCCCUUACAGAAAUACAGUUCCCAGAGUUCCCUGGGAAGAAGGAUCAAUUGUUAGACCACUCUGGGAACUGUAGCUCUGUGGCCCCACCCCUGCUUUUUAACCCUUUCCUCUGUUUGGUCUUUUUUAUGCUUAAUUGGAUUUGUGAUGAAAUGUCAAAGGAGAAAAGGGAUAAGUGAGGACUGUAAAAUGAGAAGUAUAAAACCAGUUAGUUAAAGAAAAACUGCUUUUUUAAAGACUAUAUAAUUUCCAAAGGGAACCUUUCCUCUGACAGACAGGCAGGAGUCAUAGUGGUGGAUGUUGAAUUCCUAGUCUCCACCAAUCUGUAGAAAAGUAUUACUCCAUUAAUUGGGAGCCGUGAGUCUGCUGCUGGGGUUUGAAUCUGCAUUUGAAGUGAGUUCAUCUUGAGGAGCAGUCAUGCUUAUUAUAUUUGUUUAUAUCCCGCCUUUUCCCCUGACAGGCACUCAAGGCUGCUUAUAGCUAAAAUAGAAACAGCUAAAAGCAGGGGGGAAAGUGGAAGCAAGAUUUUUUUUGGGGGGGGGGAAACAAUUAAACAUGAAUUAUAGCAUUCAGCAAGAAGAGGCAAAGAGUGAUGUAACCAAUCAAGCUACAAUACAUUGGACUGACUUGAGCAACUGAGGGCAGGCUGGGAGAAUGCAACCUGAAGUUUACUUUACUGUGACGUGUAAUAUUCUCACUUCAUAUUGGUUCUGUAAAUCUUCCCCUUGUCCCUUAAAAGUGGGGAUUUUCAGAAGCAUGCCUGUAAGCUACACACAAUGCAAAUUUCCCCCCUCUUUCCCCGCUUCUUCCUCUUUUAUGAACUAGGUGAAGUUAUUACAUCUCACGGCGCAAUUGAGCCUGAUAAGGACAACAUCCGCCUAGAGCCAUAUUCUUUGCCACAGGGUUUCACAUGGGACACUUUGGACCUCAGCAACGCCGAAGUCGUAAGUAGAACUGCUUACAGUCCUUAAAACACAAGCUGGGGAGGCCCAUAUAUUUCGCUGCUGGGCAUGUUUUAUGUGCACAGAUGCACUUGGGCACCAGGGUAGUUUUGUGGAAGUAAAUGCAUCACUACUAUGGACUUUGAGCCACUGGACUACAGAGUACAGUGCAAAAUUCUAGUUAGCGCAUUGGGAUUAAUUUUUCCCCCUUAAUGCCUUUUCAGCUCAAGGAGUUGUACAUGCUGCUAAAUGAAAACUAUGUAGAAGAUGAUGAUAAUAUGUUUAGAUUUGACUAUUCACCAGAGUUUCUCUUGUGGUGAGUAACAAAAUUCCAUGCUUUUCCAAGUAGCAACCUUUGAAAAAAUUAGUACCUGACUGUACUUGUUUUCCUCAUCCCUCCUCAACUCUUUUUCCUUCUGUGUCAUGUCUUGUUGCAUAACAAGUCUGCAGGCAGGGUUGUUUUUUGUUUUUUUUAAUGUAUAUCUCAGAACAGUGCCUAGAAAGCUGUUAGGUUCUUUGUAAAUAACAAUAAUAACCUGUGGUUUUCUUCUUUCCAGGGCUCUGCGGCCUCCAGGCUGGCUUCCACAAUGGCAUUGUGGUGUCAGAGUAUCAUCCAAUAGAAAAUUGGUAGGGUUCAUAAGCGCCAUUCCUGCACACAUACGGAUUUAUGAGAGGUAAGUCCUGACUACAUCUGAUGUCAGUUUCGGCUAGGCAUGUUGUUAAAAAUCAAUUUCAUCAAUGGCAGAUAGGGGCAUGUUGGAAAGAUGUUCAGUGUUUUCUUAGGUCGAAAUCCAGUAUACAGUUACACUAGCUGAAGUCCCAUUUAAGGAUUCCAGCUUUGGCGUUUAUUGGGAAUGUCCUUGAUACAAGUCUGUCCACCUCGGCAACUUCUUACUAUUCAAAAUAAUGGGAUGCUGCUCUAUUUCGUGAUAGUUUGGAACAAAAACCAAGAUGUCCAUCAAGGCCCUGGUCUACAUGGGGUUCCACAUAUCCACCUGGGUGGAAUUCAGGAUCACCAAGAGCUAGAAGCAAGGUUAAAUCAAAACGCCCUACAUUUAAAAACACAAACUCUUAAGCCAGCAAUAUGAAGCGCUUCAAAAACGUUUUUGAAAGUCAGAAGGCCCCAGUAUGCAGCAGCAACCCAGAUGUUUACAGUCCAAAGGUCUGUCUAAUAAGGGAAAAACUUGUCUAGCCGUGCAAAAAAAAAAACCUUUUAAGGGAAUCGUCCCAAGUGCACCUCCCCAGGAAAGAGGGUUUCAGAGAGAAGGUGCUGGCAAAUUAUUUCCAAAACAUGUUUUGUUUAUACAGCUGGACGAAGGCAGGAUUUAAGAAAUGUGGCCUUGUGUGUUAAAUGGUAUAUGGUGGUACAUGGUCUGCAAAGAACACAUUCCUUCCAAUAAGAAACAGCCAACGUACCAUUGGAAUAUUCUCUCUCUCGAAAUAAUCGAGCAUUCCUUUUGCUGAACGGAGCCAGCUUUGAAUUCUUCGUUGUUUUAAAAGAGGGGUGGCUCAACUCCUUUGGUCCAAAGGUCUUGUGUUUGCCCUUGGCCACUUCAUGAGGUGUGACCAACAGCUACUGUGAGAGCCAUUGUACUACAGGCUAGAGGUUGUCACCCCCACACACUUGUACACACACACUUAACAAGUACACACACAUAGCACACAGCUUCUUCCUUCUCAGCAGAUCUGUGUAGAUCUACUGAGGAGGGAAGUUACUGCCCUCUUAACCACUUAUCAAAUGACCUAUUCGAUGACCAGGGAGGGGGCGAUUUGCAUCCUCACUGGGGCACUGGGCUCCCCGCACGCAAUCCUCCCUAGGAGAGGAUUCCACAAACGGGGAGCCACUGCAGAAAAGGCCCUUUCUCGUGUUGCCACCCUCUGGACCCUCUCGUGGACGAGGCACACAAAGAAGGGCCUCAGAGGAUGAUCUUAGGGUCCGGGAGAGAGGCAGUGAAAGUUGGGAGCACAAGGGAGUUAUGCUUCCCAUGUAACAUGUGAAAAGGGCAUUUUGCAGAAGGUUACAUGGGAAGUUCUAAUCGUGACAAGAGCUUGCGAUUCCUAGUUCUGCAGCUGCAUCUUUUGCACAUUACAUUAGUGCUUGAAUUACAGGGAGAGGUCUCAACUCCCUUACGUUCUGCAGCAGCCCACUUGGGCUGGACUUUUGAUUUGCCCAGAAUCAGGAGGUGAGGCUUAUUGGCCUCGCUUUCUCUCUCCCGCCUCCUUGCAAAUCCCUGCAUUACGCUGGCAGCAUAAGAGGAACUGAGCCUUGCAGGCGUCACCUCUCAUUUAUUUAUCGUCGCAAGAGUUUAUAUCACAUUUCUGCACCACAGGCAGAAUAUUAGAAAAUAUUUGGAUUGUUGUUGUUUAAAAAAUAAGUGGUGGCUUAUAACUUUUUAUUCCCAGUGAAAAGAAAAUGGUAGAAAUUAAUUUUCUGUGUGUCCAUAAAAAACUGAGAUCUAAGCGAGUAGCACCGGUCCUGAUUCGCGAAAUAACCAGGAGAGUAAACUUGGAAGGGAUUUUUCAGGCAGUUUACACUGCAGGAGUGGUACUUCCCAAACCUGUAGCAACUUGCAGGUAAGCAAAGGGUUUUCCUGAGAUAAGGUUGCUUUUCCAAAAGCUUGCAGAUGGUGGUGGUGGUGUGGGGUUUAUACAUGCAGCUUUCAAAACACAUCUUGGGUUUUUUUACAGUUUCCAGUUUAAUGAUAAAUCCCUCGCUGUGCACAAGCAGGUAAAAAUAAUUCAGUAAGAGGAAUGAAUAGCUUUAUGUGGCGUCCAAACCCAGGGAUUGUGGUUUGUUUAUCCCUCUAUAAGCCAGGAUUGGUAAGCCAACCACAAGCCUUGAUUUAAGUCUUAACUAGUGAUCCUGGCUUGUUAGGGAGGAACCAACCACAAUCCCAGACUUGGCUGUAACACUAAACCAUUUCCUUACUGAUUUGUUUGCCUGUUCAUGCAAAGUGGGAGCAUUCAGGCUGUAUGCGCAGCCCAUAAGUCACGCACAGUAUGGAUUAUUAAGCAAAGGCCCUUGGCUUAGGAACAUCCCUAAAAGAGGGGAUUGGUGUUGGAACAGUGAACCGGCAUUGGGGGGGAAAUACGAUUUAGAAUACUUUGAGCCAGAGAAAGCACCUUUUCGUGCCCAGUGUUCAAAACGGUCAGUGUUGCCUCAAUAUAUGCUAUUGCCUCGAUUUCUUUUUCUCCAUCUUUCCGCUAAGAAAAACCAUCUUGCAGGUGAAUCACUUUAUGGUGUCAGUGUGAGGCUGCAAAGGGAGAUUUAGUGGGCUGCGUGUUCAGCUGUCAUUCCCUGUUAAUGGAAGAUGAAGUAGAAUGCACUGUCCUCCUAAAUUUUGCAUUAUCCUUUCCUGCCCACAGCCAGCAUGGUGUAGUGGUUAGAGUGUUGGUCUAGGACAUGGUUAGGCAAACUAAGGCCCAGGGGCUGGAUCCAGCCCAAUCGCCGUCUAAAUCAGGCCCGCGGACAGUCCAGGAAUCAAUGUGUUUUUACAUGAGUAGAAUGUGUCCUUUUAUUUAAAAUGCAUCUCUGGGUUAUUUGUGGGGCAUAGGAAUUCAUUCAUUCCCCCCCCCAAAAUAUAUAUAUAUAUAGUCCACCCCUUCCCCAAGGCCUGAGGGACAGUGGACCGACCCCUGCUGAAAAAAGUUUGCUGAACCCUGGUCUAGGACCUAGGAGAGCACAGUUCAAAUCGCCACUCAGCCAUAAAGUUCACAGCUGACCUUGGGCUAGUCACAGUGUCAAGGGAGUAGGGGGGGCACAUACCUUAAACAAAUGAAUUAAUUCAGUAGAUUGGUAGAUUGUGCUUACGAUAUUAGCUGUCAGUGUGUUAAAUUUUGUGGGUGCUUUGCAUGGAAACACAUUUCAAAGACCGAAAUGAGAUUUGUGCAUAUAAAAAUUCUGCUUGGUUAUUUUCUAGGUCCUGUCCCAAGCAGUGGCACAAUAGCUUGCCUUAAAUUGGAUAAUUUUACUUAUAAUGAAAUGCAGGGGUUGCAGUUCAGGGACUGAGGUCAAGUGAGAUAAAUUUUAUUUAUUAUAUUAGGUGUUGUAUUUUUUAAAAAUGCACUGUAUCCUGUUUGUAACAGUGAAGAGGGGUAGUAAUAAAUAUUUUGAAUAAAUAAAAUUAAUAUGUAUAUAUAUAUAUAUUAAAAUUUCUAGGUAUUGGCAUCGAUCCCUGAAUCCCAGAAAAUUGGUAGAGGUGAAAUUUUCUCAUUUGAGUAGGAAUAUGACUUUACAGAGAACGAUGAAGCUUUACCGACUUCCUGAUGUAAGCAUUGUGUCUGUUCAUAGCAUCCUCUCUCUCACAAUGGGGCCCCAAAUAGCCUUCUGUUAAUCCUUUACAAGGCAGGCUUUCAUUUUGGGAAGGCAGGACCGUUCGAGAGAUGUGGAAAUAGUUAACUGGUUAGGAAGAGGCUUUCAAAGAGUUGUAGAGUUGAAUGUACUGAUGCCAUAUACCAGGCAUGUCCAACUUUCAAGAGACUAUGAUCUGCAACCACUAUAAAAAAACUGGCAGUGAUCUACCAAAGUUGUUGAGUUUUUUGUGGGGGAGGGGUCCUGCAAUCUACCACAGACACCCCACAAUCUACUGGUUUAUUAGGGGGGAAUAACUAUGGCCUGUGAACCUCCCGGAUGUUUGUUGGACUCCAAUUCCCAUCAGUCCUGCCAUUUUAGCCAAUGUUCAAGGAUGAUGGGAGUUGUAGUCUAGCAGCGUCUUCAAGGCCAGAGGUUCCCCAUCCCUGUUUCCAUACUCAUUAUGCCCCCUUUAAGCGUUAGAGAAGACGUGACAGAUAUGCUGUGACAACAUAGAGCCCUAUGUUUUUCUGUAAAAUCUGAUGAGGCCAUAAGGAGGCUUCGAACACAGUACUCUUGAAACCACUAUUUGUUUUCCUGUAUCUACGAAGUCCCUCUUGGUACUCAGAAGACCAGGGUCUUUUUUUCUUUUUCUUUUUUUUUCUUUUUUUUUGCUGCCCAAACAUCCAUACGCAUGCAGAAGUUCAUGAAGGAUGACUUUCCUGCCUGGUUGGUGUCACCUUGAAGGUGUUUUUGCUGGGAGUUAUGCAAAGCAACAUUUGACAGCAGGGAUGGGCAAACUUCAGGCUUGCAGGACGUGCUUUGGAUUUUACUGGUAACCUGAGAUCCACCACCCAAAGCAAAAUGCAAAAUAGCAGCUCUGCUGGGUGGACAUAAGCUAAGGAACAGAGUGUCUGCAUGCGCAAGCUCAGCCAGGAACUUCGGAACAGUGCCAGAAGCCAGCUUCCCAAGCAACUUCACACAAAAAUUCACUUCUGGUCUGGUCACCCCAGCAUUAUCAGCAACGUAAUGGGGGAGACUGUGUUUUAGUUGUCGCUGUCCUCUUGCCAAGCCACCAUAAAACACCCAGAGAUCUCUCAGAAGUCCCCGAUCUGUCUUCUGCCUACCUGAGUAAUCUAGAGGAUAGGCACAGUAGUUUUUCCUAACUGAAUGCCCUAGCAUUGUUUUUCUGCUUAAUGUGUAAGCUGACUCUUUUUUAAUCUCUGACCUCUUUUGUUAUAACAAGGCCACAAAAACUUCAGGUUUGAGACCAAUGGAACGAAAAGACAUUAAAGCAGUGCAAGAAUUAAUUAACAAUUACUUGAAGCAGUUUAAGCUUGCUCCUGUUAUGGACGAAGAAGAAGUGGCCCACUGGUUCCUGCCUCAGGAUCACAUUAUUGAUACCUUUGUUGUAGAGGUAAGAGAGAGUCUGUCCCCUUCCUCCAUCAAGAAUGUCAGACAAGCCCAGCUGCAUCAGACCAAAAGCCAAUCUAGUCCAUCAUCCAUUUCUCACAGUGAUGGACCUGAUGCCUGUGAGAAGCUCUUCCCUUAUGUUAGGAACUCCUGUAUCUCCAUUUUAAUCUAUUAUUUGAAAGUUGCUGGUUGUCAGCUGACUUGUGAACUCUUCAUUCUGGAAGACAGUGUUGAAUUGUUCAAAAUAAAUAAUAAAGUCUCUCCCAGAAAACCGGCAAUGGUCCUUUUCAGGUGCAACAUUAAAAUCCAGUUUUGUUAUGGGCACAAACAGCAGUGAGCCUCAAGCUCAGAUUUUUUCCUGUUCUCCUCCAUCAUAGAUGUGUGGCUAUCAGAAGCAUCCACUUUUGCUUUUAAACUAAACAGUUUCUUCUUACAUCUGAACUUGAUUAAACUAUGGAUUGUUCAAAGAAGCCCGUAUCAAACCGUAAUUCCCCAAGUGUAGACGUAAUUGAGAGACACUGCAUAGUUUAAAAGCAAAGCAGGUGCUUCUGAUUUCUCACCAAGGCAGGAGGAGUGUGCAAUCCCAAUAUUUGCUGCUGCUUGUGCAUGUAAAACUUUAAACUAUGAUUUAGCAUCAUGUCCUAGCUGGGCAAUAGUAACUUCUCUCUUUUGAAGUAAAACUGGAUAUGCCGAUACUAAAACUUGGGUGAUUUCAGAUUGGCCUCCGUUGGCCUGAUAAUAAUCACGAUUACUUCUACCACUUGGAAUUGGGAGCUCUUUUUCUUUUGUUUAAAUAAGGAUAAAUAUGCACAAUGUAUCUGGGAUCUGCAACAAAAUGUUGCAGUGUAGAAUGGUCAUGUUGAGGAUUCCAGGUACAGUCAUACCUCGGGUUAAAUGUGCUGCAGGUUGAGCAUUUUCAGGUUCCGCAGCAAUCCGGAAGUAACGGAGCGCGUUAAUUCCAGGUUUUGCCACUUGUCCAUGUGCAGAUGCUCAAAAUGACGUCACACACAUGCGCGGAAGCGGCGAAUCACGCCCCGAGCGGACGCGGGUUGCGUUCGCUUCAGGAUGUGAAUGGGGCUCCGGAACGGAUCCCGUUCGCAUCCAGAGGUACCACCGUAUUUCAUUCUACAGAGUUACAUGUCCACUAAGCAUAUUUACUUCUCAUUGGACUGUUUGCAGAUGUGCCUUCUUGGGUUUUUUAUACACAUGAAAACUUGGGGUUCCCCCAAGCAUACGGAUACCUCCUUCUUGUGUCUUGAGGUGCCAAUUUGACCGACACUCAUACAACUGAGAUCACCCUUUUGCAAUAUAUGAUACAACUCAGCAUGGAUUGAUGCUGCUGGGCUUGAGCCUUGCUGUUAUACGGAUGGCUGCGCUAUGCAGGCUGCUGCUCUGCCUUUUUAAAUGGCAAGCUGUGCACUUCGACACUAGAGAAGGAAGUGAGAGCCAACGUGAUCAUUGACUGGGGAGACCCUGGUUCAAAUCCCCACUCAGUCAUGAAGCUCACUGGGUGGUCAUGAGGUUUAAAAUGGGGUGGCAUACCGUGUGUGCUACCUUAAGUUCCUUGGGAAAAGAUGAGACAUAAAUGUAAUAAAGGGGACAGUCUGCACCUUCAGCAUCUUUGUUCUAGCCGCAUGAACCUUUGGCCCUCCAAAUCCCAUCGUUCCAAGCCAGCAUAGCCCAAUGGUCAGGGAUGAUGGGAGUUGUAGUCCAACAACAUCUGGAAAGCCACAGGUUAGCCAACCCUUGGCCUAAAGCAGUGUUUCCCAAACUUGGGUCUGCAGCUGUUUCUGGACUACAACUCCCAUCAUCCCUAGCCAGCAGGACCAGUGGUCAGGGAUGAUGGGAACUGUAGUCAAAAAAACAGCUGGCAGCCCAAGUUCAGGGAAACACUGGCCUAAAGUAAUGACAUUAUAGAUCGUGAUCAGCGUGAGAUUGUUUUGAAACAAGUUUAACAGGGCUAAAAUAAGCCAGAGCUGCUGGCCGUAUUUAUUUGGCUGGCUGUAAACUCUCAGCACAUCAAAUACCUCUUGGCUGCAGUAGUUUUUCUUGACCUGUAGUUCUGCCAGCCAGCUUGAGUUGCUUACGUCUCCAGUGUGCUAUAGAUUUCUCAGUAGCGUCUUUUUCUUCCCCUUCCUUUCCUAGAGUUCAAAUGGUGUUUUAACCGACUUUCUGAGUUUCUACACGUUACCUUCGACGGUCAUGCACCAUCCCGUUCACAAAAGCCUCAAAGCAGCCUACUCCUUCUACAAUGUUCAUACGGAAACCCCUCUCUUGGAUCUCAUGAACGAUGCACUCAUUAUAGCAAAGCUGGUAAGUAGCCCUGGCAUUGUCGGGUCACUUGGGCUGCUUAUAUAGAAAACAAGGUUUUCCGUGGCCAGGAGAGCUGGGAGAACACAACUCCUGGUGUGACACACCUCUUGGCACUGGAGAGAACAGGGCAGCCUCUGCUUAUGGCUUGAGCUCCCAGGAGGCCUUUGGGUUGUAUGGAACAGCUCUCAGACAGAAUCAUAGAAUUGUAGUGUUGGGACUCCCAAUGAUCAUCUAGUCCAACCCCCUGCAAUGGCAGAAUCUCGGCUAAAGCAUCCAUGGCAGAUGGCCACCCAAGACUCUGCUUUAAGACCUCCAAGGGAGGAGAGUCCACCACCUUCUGAGGGACAGGGGAUUAACAAUACACCCACAUAUUCCAAGUCUAUUAUUUUCUGAAAGAGAGCUCUUUUUUGCCUGUAUGUUGCUGCUUCUGGAUGAAGAAACAAGUGAAUGUAAAAUUGCAGCUUUCCUUGUCCCUGUUUUGUAUCAUUGUCUUGAUUCAAACUUAAGAUACAGCAACAGUGGCUCAUUGCAGGGCUCUGAGAGAGAAGAGCUCUUAACCUAUUACCUUCCAAUGAGCCCAUGGUGUGGUAUUCGACACAUUGAUCCCGUCAGCACAAAGACUUGAGGCUGUGCAACAGAACUUCCCUUUCUCACAUUAUCUGUUUUGUCUGCACUCAAUUGAAAACCUCAAGAAAUAUUUAAAAAAAGAGAGAGAGAGAGAGCUCUAAAUGAAAUAUAAACUAAUGAUAAAGUAACACUUUCCAUCAGUAGAUGUCAUUUUAGUUCCGGUUAAAGUAAAUCCAGCUCUUGGUCUCUCUCAGUUGUUUUUUUAUACCCCCUGCCAUCAUUAAAAGUCUUGACGUAUUGGUCUGAUUACAAUUUUCAUGUACAAUAGAUUGGCUUGCCAAGCAUGCUUCAGGUUUGUCCAAAACAACUUUGUCCUGCACAAACUACAGGUCAGAAGCUAGCAAACUUAAAAAAAACAAAACCCUUUGCCAUUUGUCACAUGUAAGCUGGUUCCUCCUGUUUGUCAGGGGUGAGGAUUCUGCAAACUGGACUCCUUUGGCGCAGAACCUUGAAUGUUGCCUGUGGUGCAUUGAGUCAUAGUGAGUUUGGGUAUCAAUUCAAUUCCACUUGCCCACCACUUGGAAGUUUUUGCAUACAUGUGACUAGCAACAGAAUUGGGGAGCUAACCCCCAGACAUGCCAGCAGGGGGGUUGCAAGAAAUGGAGGGGUGACUAUACCUACUGUACAGGAUGUGUACCAAAUGAUGGGAUCACAUUCUAAGCACAGCACGCUUUCAUAGGUAACCUUGAUGCAAAUGCUACUAGAAAAAAAAUCAUUAUUUCUUUUCUCAUAUUGCCAGAAAGGAUUUGAUGUGUUCAAUGCACUAGACUUGAUGGAAAACAAAACAUUCCUGGAAAAACUGAAGUUUGGUAUCGGAGACGGCAACUUGCAGUAUUACUUGUAUAACUGGAGGUGUCCUGGCAUGGACUCUGAAAAGGUAACACAUUUCACAGAGGCUCAGUUGUCUAUAGUGAUUUGAAUUACCUAGAUGCCCUGUGACUUUGCUCUUUCUUGUACCCUGGGGCAGGGGAGGCUAACCUAUGGCUCACCAGAUGUCUUUAGACUACAUGUAAAAUCAUCCCUAACCAUUGGCCAUGCUGGCUGGGGCUGAUGGGAGUUAAGAGUCCAGCAACAUCUGGAGAGCCAGAAGUUAGCAACAAGUGUGUCUGACAAAGCCCGUUCUAGCGCUAAGUCCAGGUGGGGAACUGGAUCCGUCCAGUGGGUCAGUCUCUCACUCCUCAUGGACUGCCUCCCUGUUACUCACCUGAUGUCAGCUGAUUGACACCUGCGUUCAAAGAGGAUCACUUUAACCACUGAUCAGGUGGAGUGCAUUUACAGCUACCUCCUUUAAGGGCCAGCUCCCAGUGCCAAUCACCUGAUGCCUUUAAAGGGGCGUGCUCCACCAGUACAAAUCAAUUUGUAUUGAAUCCCAAGGGAGAACUCCCUAGUGCAGCCAAUCCCCACGGGUCUCCCUGUCAGUGCCGAUCAGCUGAUUGGUGCUGACAGGGACUUCCGCUUGCAAAGGAACCAAUAGGAGCUCCCGGUGGUUUCUUUGUAGCCAUAUCCAUACCUGCUCAACAGGUGGGGUGGGGCAGGCAAUAAUGGUUUCUGAAGAACUGUCUCCUGGGCCAACUUGGCACCUGUGCUGGGCCUAAUGAAGCCAAUGGGCUGGAGAUUUCCUUACCAAUGUUUUUAUUUGUUACCCUCACCUGCACUAACAAACCCGCUGUUGUCUUUCUAGGUCGGUCUUGUAUUACAAUAAUGAGGAAGGACACUUGUAUUUAUAGUUCUCGGAAGUAAUCAUCUGGGCUGAUGGAAGCUCUUGGAUCGGUACCGUUCAAGAGGAGAGAAGCACAAAGGCUGGUGAACUUUAAAAUAAUCCUUUGAACCUUGGGGCCACGCGGAUGGGAAGUGAGGAGAUCCAUGCCUGACCAAUCCUUCACACCUUCAGCUCAGCUCGGACCAGAGAGAAAAAGCUCAUGAACCUUUUACUGUUUUGUCGAUGAAACGAAAUAAAAGCACAUUUCUUUUAAUUUCCAACGCUUAGCUCGCAUCUUGAUGGAAAAGGGUUCUCUCUUUUUCCCCCCUUCCCUUCCCCUGCGUUAAAGACUGUUUUUUGUACAACCAACUCGAUUGCAGUGGUGGAAUAGAGUACAAAUUCUUUACUGUUAAUGUGACUGAACUGCUGCAUUUCUAUUUAUUAAGUGGUGGUAGUGUACAUUUAUCAAUGUAACAAAAUGAAGGAGCCGAUUUUGAGUGUUUCUGCUUAUUUUCCAUCACGUGGAUGUCAUCGUCGGAAGGAGGAAAUCCUUGGGGAGUAUUAUGACUGUCUGUUAGGAAACAUGGAAAACCUUGGAUGUAUUUUGUAACUGUGGAGUGGUACGGGAAAUGCGCUGGUCUUGGACUAGUGCAUUUGUUUCUCCAUAAGCAAUGCUGCCAAAUCAAUAAAAUAAAAAAAAUUACAGAUUUGUACUUCGAUCUUCAGUAGAUCACUGACUUGACUUCAAGAGUAUUGCACUGUUUAGUGCAGGUGUUUAUAUGUUGCCUGAAUUAUAUAUUACUCUAUUAAUCUUGCAGCUAUGAAGAAGGAAAACCUUUCGGGGGUUUCUUUCGGUGGCAGAGUUAUGAGCAGCCUGUACAUAAAAAACUUAAGAAUUUUAGUACUGUUAUCAAGAUGUUACGACUGAAUGUGUUCAAGGCUUUUGCAAAAUUGCACAUAUUCCUUUUGUCUACUUGUUGUUUUUUUUAAAAAGGGGGGUGGAAUGUCCGUUUUAAACAAAAAGUAUGUUUGUGUAAAUAAGUAAAAUUUGCUUAUAGUAGCAGUAGUAUAUCCUGGAUUUUGGAACAAAGGAUUUCACUGCCCCUUGUGCUUAUUAUAAGCAAAUGUUCAGAACCCUGUGAGUACCUUUUUUUGGUUGUUACCAGCCUUAAAUAAUAUGCCAUAAUGUGUCUCUUUCUAUCUCCCACCCACCCACCCUUGUUCUUUAAUUCUAAUAAUGGCAACCAGCCUAAAAAAAGCAAAGGCCAUGCAUAGAUAUUGCUUGCUUGAAACAAAGGUAUUUCCCAAGCUAGACUCACCCCAGAUUGAUUUCUCAGUGAGUUGGUAUAGGUUGAACGGCUCUUGUAAAUGAGUCCACGCUUCUCUAAGCUUUCAAUUUAAUGCACCAUGAUUCAAUCAAAGGUGAAGAUGUUCAGUAGUGAUCUGUAUAAGUUUACAUGAUGGUUAAACGUGUGUGUGAGUGUGAGAGAGAAAAAACAUUAAAAUAGCACUGAAUAGCUGAAAUUAGUGUGGAAGUAGGAGUGAGGAAAGCCUCAGAACUACGCAAGACUUCAUAAGAUUAAUUAUAACCCUUCAUUUUUCUCCUUCACUAGACAACUGAGAACAAUCUUCCCAAUUAUUACCCAAUAAAUUGCUGGAGCCAAGCAGGUCUGGUCAGUGCUUGGAUGGGUGACCACCAGGGAACCACCUAGGUUAGGUUUCCAUGGCAGAGGAAAGGCAGAAUAGAAAUGUAGUAAAAGUACAACAAAUUCAAUAUUUGUGCUGGAAAGGUAAGAAAGCAAAGCACAGUUGGUGUAGAUAUGUGGUGAUACCGCCUUUCCAUAACCCUUUAAGCACAAACUACUGCAAGCACAAAGUUUUGCAUCUGACUAAAUAGGUAAUAAUUUAACGACACAUCCUAUAUCCGGUUCUUGCUGCUGCCUCCUUACUGUCCCUACAACUUGCCUGUUUUCAGUAUUAAUAUUAAUAGCAGCUGACUGAAACAAGUUUCCUCUGAGCAGCCAUUUUAAGUUGCACCACCGUUUUAGCUGUUUAGGGGCAUUUUUAGUUUUUAGAUUCAAUAGCAUGCUGUUAAACUGAACGUGGCAAGGCUGUAACCUCUGUUUAGGAAAUCUGCAUUGUGGGAUCUGCAAGAACAGUUGUGACCUGCAUCCCAAAAUCCAAAUCUGAAGUGCUUUUCUUCUUGCAGAUAUUUGGGCUGAUUGACAUGCUAAAGAAAAUACUCCUCUUUAAAGGCCAAAUGCAUCUGGGGUCAGUUCUGCAUGCAUUAUUUGACCAAAUGCAAGUGUCCAAAGGAUAACAUUGUGCUAUCAAAUUUGCAGAUGUUUUGUGAUUCCGGCAUCUUAAAGAGAUUACUAGCUAUUGAAUCUAUCAGCACAGAUGGAUGUUUGAAUAAAGGUUAUCACUUCCAUACUA